AUGACCUAUGUAGCAUCGGCUUUGGACUAUCUCCAUAACGGUUAUUCAGAGCCACUGGUGCAUUGUGAUUUGAAGCCUAGCAAUGUUUUGCUAGAUCAAAACAUGGUUGGCCAUUUAAGUGAUUUUGGUAUUGCAAAACUGUUAGGUAUAGAGGAUAGUCCUAGACAAACUAAGACUAUUGGGACCAUUGGAUACAUUGCGCCAGGACAAGAUGGACUUGUAUCAACAAGUUGCGACGUGUAUAACUUUGGUGUUGUGAUGUUGGAAGCAUUCAUGAGGAGGAGGCCUGACGAUGAAAUGUUUACUGGAGAUUUAAGCAUAAGAAAUUGGGUGAACGACUCGUUUUCAUGGUCUGCCUUCUUCGCGAUUGCGGACAAGCCCUCGCGAUUGCGAAAGCAAAAGUCACGAACCCAGAAAAUGUCCUCUUCGCGAUCGCGAGAAGACACUCGUGAACGCGAUGCACUGAGCCGCCCUCUCAUCGUGAACGCGUGCCCCCACUCGCGAACGCGAAAGGCAACUGGGUUGCCUGGGACCUGGCCCAGAUCCAAAAAUCGAAAAAUCGAUGGGGAUUUGGGAGACGAGGUUAAGGGGCUUGGAAAAAAGAGGGAACAAGGAUUGUUUGGUGAAAAUUUGGAGCCGUUUGAAGGUUGGCCGCCGCCGUGGGCGAUUUCCGACGGCAGCAUGAUGCGGAGGUUAAGAGAGAGGAGAGGUGGUCUGUUAGUCUUUGGGGGGCAGGGUGAUCAGUUCGGACAGUUAAAUGUGAAUAAGGGAUUGAAUCCUGGCCAUUGGAUGGGGUUUGAUUGA